CUGUCCUGCGGGCCUCGCUCCUCCCAGCGCCGCCACCAGCCCGCCCGGGACGGCCAGGCGGUGGGGUCCGAGAUGCUGAAGCCGGCGCCAGCGCUCCCCCGCGGGGGCUUCUCCUUUGAGAACUGCCAGAGAAACGCAGCCUUGGAACUCGCUUGCCCCGGGCUCCGGGCCCCUCGAGCUCGCAAGACCGGAACGACCAUCGCCGGCCUCGUGUUCCAAGACGGUGUCAUCCUGGGCGCGGACACUCGGGCCACCAACGACUCUGUCGUGGCGGACAAGAACUGCGAGAAGAUCCACUACAUCGCCCCCAAAAUCUACUGCUGCGGGGCGGGGGUGGCCGCGGACGCCGAGAUGGUCACGCGGAUGGCGUCGUCCAACAUGGAGCUGCACGCGCUGUCCACCGGCCGCGAGCCCCGCGUGGCCACGGUCACCCGAACUCUACGCCAGAACCUCUUUCGGUACCAAGGCCACGUGGGGGCGUCGCUAGUCGUGGGCGGCGUGGACGUGAAAGGGCCGCAGAUCUACGGCGUGCACCCCCACGGCUCCUACAGCCGCCUGCCCUUCACGGCCCUGGGCUCGGGCCAGGACGCCGCCCUGGCGGUGCUGGAGGACCGCUUCCAGCCCAACAUGACCCUGGAAGCCGCGCAGGAGCUGCUGGUGGAAGCCAUCACUGCAGGGAUCCUGAGUGACCUGGGCUCCGGGGGCAGCGUGGACGCGUGUGUGAUCACCGCGACCGGCGCCAAGAUGCUGCGAACACUGAGCUCGCCCACGAAGCCCAUAGAAAGGUCCAGCCAGUACCACUUUGCCCCUGGGACCACACCUGUCCUGUCCCAGACGGUGACACCACUGCCCCUGGAGCUGGUGGAAGAAACCGUGCAGGCCAUGGAGGUGGAGUGAAGGAGGCUGCGAUUUUAGAAUUUGGAACAAGGGAAAUAAACCUAGAAAAUACAGACACCAAAACAGACGGCUGUAUUAU